AUGCGCGGUCUAAAGUCCUAUUUGGAUGGCUUUAAAGAUGUCAAGAACUAUUUACAACUGCAAUUCAAUAUGUUAUUAAAUAAAAUGCCAUUUACGCAACCUGAAACAGUCACUGUUAAUGAAAUAACACAAUGGAUAACAGAUGGUGCUAGUACAGAAUGGAUUGAUGAUCAAGGACAAACAGUUUUAUGUAAAGCAGUUGAUGCAAACAAAUUUGAUUUGGUUCAAGCGCUAUUGGCAGCCGGGGCCAACACAACAUUCAAAAACAAAGAUGGCUUAACACCGAUACAAAUUGCUCAAAAUAAAACUCCAAUCAAUGGUCAACUUGUUAAAACAUUGGAAAAUCAUGCUAUUAAUAAUGAAUUAAAAUCAUUAAUUCUCAGUCAAACAGCAACAGUUGAUGAUAUUCGUUCACUUUUGCUGAAAGGUGCCGAUAUCAAUACUAUUUUGAAUGCAAAUCAAGAUCGACCUUUGCAUUUGUUGCUAAAGAACAAAGGAAUACCGGAAAUGGUUAAUGCAUUUGUUAAUGAAUUUAGUUCUGAUACGGAACAAAUGAAUUCUAAUGGACAUCGACCCAUUGAAACCGCUGUUUUGCAUGCUGAUGAUAACGUACUCAAUGAAAUAUUUAAGCUGAAGCAGUUUACGACAGACUCAUUUCUCAAUACAAAAACUAAUAAAAGUUUAUUGACAUUUGCCACAGAACAGAAGAAACUGUCAGCUGUGAAAGCAAUACAAACGGAAUUAAAUCAACGUUUAUGGUCAUGUAUUUCCUUUUCUUCUUCUUCUAAUGAUGAUGUUGAAAAGCAACCGAUAACUGAAAUAACUACCGAAGCAACAAAAUUAGUUGAACUUGGCGCACAAAUCGAUCAUAAACAUAAACAAAUUGCUAAUAAAGACAAGGAUGAAUAUUCAAAAUGGACUGUUCUUCAUCUUGCUUGUAAAUUGGGUAAUUUAGAUCUGACGAAAUAUCUUAUUGAUAAAUUACAUUCAAAAGCAUACAAUCAAGCAGUUCAAUCAUCUGGUGAAUAUCCUGUAGCAAUUGCUGCUGAAUAUGGUCAUUUAUCCAUUAUACAAUAUUUGCGAGAAACCUUAGGUAUUGAUUUAAAUGUGGCAGAUUCAAUAAAUAAAGAUACACCAUUACAUAAAGCAGCCAAAAAUAAUCAAUUUUUAGUUUGCCGGUAUUUGGUAUUGUGGGGUGCUGAUCCGGAAGCUGUUAAUUUGGCUCAACAAACACCACUGAUGUUAGCCGAUAAUGGAACAAAAGACAGUAAUAAACAGUUAGUACAAUAUUUGGAACAACUCAAAUUUGAUGAAACACAGCAGCAAGCAUUAACAACAGCAGUGCGACCACGUUCAGCACAUCGACCGGGUCAAGAUUUUGAUUUUUGCAUGUUAGUCGUGCCGCUUCUCGUUGAUAAAGUACAGCCACUCUAUGACAUUUCACCGGCAAGUAACAUGGCACCAAACAUAGUUGCAAACGCUCCGAAUGAUAUACUUCGAAGAGCAGCCACCAAUGGUGAUUUAAACUUGGCUCAAACAGCAAUUGUUAAAAUGGCUGAUGUUCGUCAACGAGACAAAGCUAAUCGAUCGUGUUUUGAUCAAGCACGGAUAUCAAUGAAAGAAAAUCAAUCACAAGCAUUAGCGUCAUUUAAACACGUUGAUCGACAGCGCUAUGAAUCAAUAGCUUAUGGUUGUCGUUUGGUAGCUGAUUAUUUGCAACAACAAGCGCGUUUCAACCUGAUCAAAGCCAUUAAAGAAUCAAACGCCGGUCGUGUUAUUGCUUAUCACCAAUGUGGGGCUCAAUUAACAUCUGAUCUUUUGCUAUUUGCAUGCAGCAGUCAAGGUGACAAUAUUCAAAUCGUUGAUUAUUUGGUCAAUAAUAGCCAGGAGAAUUAUGAAGCAAUGUUUAAAUUUGUUGAUGGACAAUCAUCACCAUAUCAGACAGCUAAGACAAACAAAAAUACAAAUAUAGCAAAUUAUCUCCAAUGGCGUUUAUCAGAUAAAUUAGCCACUGAGGUCAGUCGAAAUGAUCUCAUUCAUGUGAAACAACUCCUACUUGCUGGUGCAUCAGUUGAUGUCCGUGAUAAAAACAAUCUGAGUACAGCGAUUAAACACAAUAAUUUACAAAUGGUGCAGCUAUUGUGUGAAAAUGGGGCUCGACUGACAACAACAACUUCCACAAAUCCCGACAUAGCACUCUAUCUCAAUUGUUGUAUAAUCAAUCAUAAUCUUCGGAAUGCAGCAGCAAAUGGAAAUUUCAAAGAUGUCAUCAAAUAUCAGCGUUUAGGAGCUGAUAUUAAUUCCAAAAAUUGUCAUGGUCAAACCCCGUUAUUACUGUCCAUUCAAUAUGGUGAGUAUUAUCCAAUUGUUCAUUCACUCGUCUCAUGUGGUGCAUCAAUGCUUCACUCAGCUCCAACACAAUCGUCUCUGUUAAUACUGGCAAAAAAACGAAAUUAUGAACAAAUCUCAAAAUAUUUAUCAAAACAAUUAAAUGCACAAAUUCUUUCAGCAAUAUUAGAUAAUGAUACGGCAAAAACAGAAAGAUUAGGUGAAUUGGGUGCUGAUUUUAAAUGGCAAAAUAAAGAUGAUGAUGGAAAAACUCUAUUACAUUAUGCCGUACAAUAUCAUGGUGUUGAAUUAGUUGAUUGGCUUUGUAAAAGAAAUAGUGAUCCAAUGAUUCCAGAUCAGUUGGGCAAUUAUCCGAUUGCAAUUGCCGCUGAAAAAGGUGAUCAUGCUGUUGUGAAAUAUUUUAUCGAUAACUAUGGUACAACAAGAAGUUUACGAAAUAAUGCUGGUCAGGAUGCAUUGGCUAUUGCUAGGAAGAAACAAUUCCAUGCAAUUAUUAAAUUACUCGAUCCCAACUAUAUAAUACCAAAAGGUGCUCAUAAAAAGAAAGUAAUAACAAAACCAAAAUAUACAAAGGACCGUUUGGAUCGUGCCGCAAAAUAUAGUGAAGUACAAAUUAUACAAGAAUUUAUUGAUCAAGAAUAUGAAUCAAAAGAAGAAAAAGCUGCACAAUGCGAAAAUAUGAUGAAAAUUGCUAAAGAAGAAAAAUCAUUUGAAGUAUUAUCAAUGCUACAGGAAUAUUUUACUGAAUUAACUGCUAAAUUAACAUCGGAACAAAUAGCCCGUAAUUUAAUUACACUUAGUGAACGUCAACGAGAAAUUUUUUAUGGUUUUAUGGCUAGUUUAAGUGAUUUAAUAACCGGAAUGAAUGUUAAACUUGAUCCAAACGAUCCACAAGCAUACAAGGACUUAUUGACAAACUUAAUGACAAAUGAUAAACAACGUUCACAAACAAUUCAGUCAAUGAAAACUGAACAAGAUGCAGUUAAAGUGUAUCAGCAAGAACUCAACGCCAUGGAGAAAAAAAUUUCCGAUUUAACUUUAAAUGUUGAUAAAAUAAUGAUGGAUAAAAAUCAGUUAUAUGAACAAAUUCGUACAUUAGAAACAAGUAUAAAGGAUGAUCAAGUUUCAGCAAUUGAUAAAAAGAAAUAUUUUGAUGAUAAAGGAAUACUCGAAGCUCAGUUGAAUGUAUUGGAAUCAUCAAUGCUACUGUUUAAACAAACACAAGAAACAGCCAUGAAUAAAAAGAAAAUGUUAGAUUUUAUUAAAAAUGUACCAAAUCUGUUUGUAUUUUAUGCUACCAUUGAGCAUCGCUUACAAAGUCUAUUUACUGGAGUCUUGGCUGCACAAGCUGGUUUCAUGAAACCCGAAUUGACAACAACAAAAGCUAACGUAGCAAAUACAUUACUUGAAUUAGCACCAUUAUCACUGAUACCAAUAAGCGAAGCCGCUCUAGGUCCCAUUAAAUUUGUAACUGGAAAAUUAAUUGAAGGUAUAGAUAAAAAACAACAACGAAAAGAAUUAUAUAAUAUAUCAGCAUUGGGUAAUAUCGGAGAAUUACAAAAAACAGCAACAGUUACAGCCGGCUUAUUGACUCUUUACUACAGUCACCAAAUUGAAUCAGUUGAUACUAAAAAACCAUUGGUUAAAGGUAGUAAUUCGUUAAUUACAACUACUGCCAAAAUAAAAAAUUCAUGGGAUUCUGGUCCGGAACCCGCGGAUGAACAAGUGAUUGUUUUACUUGCACAAUAUAUUGUUGAUUUUCUGGUGAAAAUACUGAAAUCACCUAGUGGAAAUGAUAAAAUUGUUAAAUAUGAACCGUUGGCUGAACAAUUGUGGUUAUAUGUCGCUAAACAAGAUAUGUUUAAGCAAGAGAAAACGACAAGAGCAAAAGAUACACUGGGGCUGUCCACGGGAAAACGUUUGAUACCAGUACGGAAAUCGGAUGAUGGUACAACUGUCGAAGUACAAGUACGACAACUAUUUGGCUGUGUAUCAAUCAUCACUGGCGAAGGUACCAUUUAUCGAUUUAGCCCUACAAAAACAAGUGAUUCUGAUUUGAAAUUAUUCGAUAUUCGUCAAAUGGAAGUUAUCUUUGGUUAUGUCUAUUUAGAUCCAUUUUUAGCUGAUGAUAACACUGUGAUCGAUACGAUUAUUUCAAAUCGAAAACUAGACAAAUUGUCUACACAACAUCCUGAUAAAGUUGAGAAAAUUGAUGCAAAUAUAACUGAUGGUGUUCUGACUCUAAGAAAUGUAUCGGGUGAGAAAUUGUCUUCAUCCGAUGGUGGUGCUAUUAGUCGACAAAUGGCGUUGUCCAUUGCUAAAGUAAUUACACAAGAAAAACUAUUUGUUAGCAAGGAUGAGGUAUCGGGCAUUAUUGAUAAACAUCGUGAAGAUAUCAAAUUUGAUACAAAUAGUUUGAGACAAGAAACAAAAGACUCCAAUUUCAAAUUUCAGACGUCAAUCAAUGCAGCUUAUGAAAAAAUUGGGCGCGAUUUUACUCAAAGUUUAGAAAAGCUAACUCGAGAAAAUGCUGAUCAAUAUGAGAAAGCUUCCAGAAAACUUGCUGAUCAAAUAAAAGAAUCCCAAACACGUUUGGAAACAGUAAUCACUACACGAAUGAAUGAAAUAGAAGGUGAAAUGGAAUCAAGAUGCGAUAAAAUGAUGGUCAUUGUUACCAGUGCUCAACAACAAGCCAAGGCGGCAGUCGAAACAUCGAAUAAGGCUGUUGAAACUGGCAAGAAAUGUGCCGCGAAAGCCAAAGAAUCAAGUGAGCAAGCCAGAGAACUCGUCCUCUCCACUGAUAAGCGUAAACAAGAAAUACUAGAAGCGAUGAAUAAAAGUUUGGAAAUAACUCGUGAAACAAUGGCACAACAAAAACACGAAUAUCAGGCAAGUUUGAAUGAAUUACACAGCAAAUCAAAAAUGGAAAUGGAACAAAUUCGAUUACUGGCCGAACAAGCAAAAACUUCAGCCAGAGAAUCAGCACAACUAGCCAGAGACUCCUACAAAUCUUCAAAAAAACUUGAGGACAUUCAUAAAGAUGAGAAAAAGAAACUUCAAAAUGCAUUGAAAGAAACAAGGAAAAUAUGUGAAAAAGCAGUAGAUAAAGCAGAAAAAGCAGCCAUAGAGGCUAAAAAAGUGUCAAAAAAAGCUGCAGCCACAGAUUAA